AUGCGACCACGGUUGGGCCAAGACUGGGAACGAGUAGCUGUUGGCGCUGCCUUUGCAAAGUUCUCUAGUCCUAAGCCAAGUUUUCUGUCCAAAGAUUUACAUAGAACAUCAUUCGAACCUAGACUCUGGCGGCGCUUAAGUAACGAUGAUGGAAUCUUCGGUCAAAACAUGGAUGCUAGACUAGGAUCAAGAUGUAUGUCUCAAAGAGAUGCUUAUCCAUCAAGAAUAUCAGUAUUAGACGAAAACCAAGAUGCUGCAUUGGAUUUAGAAGAGAUCAAGCAGAAAAAGCUUGAUGCCCAAAUUGGUGAAGGUGGAUAUGGACCUGUUUUCAAAGGAGUUCUUGAUAACACUGAUGUUGCAAUGUGA